UUAACAUGGAGAGAGACUGUACUGUGCGCCGAAUAAAACCCGUCCAGAACAAGCAGAACCAGCGGGACUGUGCUGGUGAACCGGCCGGGCUGAACGGGCUCGGACACGCGGCGCGGCGGCGGAAGCAGAAGCCGGAGGUGAGCGCGCAGCUGCUGGGAGAGAGUUCGGUUCUGCUGCUGCUGUUCGGGUUCGUGUGUCUGCUGUGGGUUCUGGUUCUGAUCUCUCUACAGAUGCUCGUCAUCAGAUCCAGCGGGGAAUUCAACGCCAUCCGGGCCAGGAAGCAUUUGGAGCAGAUCACCAGUGUCGGACCACGAACCGUAGGAAGCCCCGAGAACGAGAUUGCGACGGUGAACUACAUCCUGGAACAGAUCGAACAGAUUCGGUUGGAGAGUGUGAACGGACCGCACGCCAUCACAGUGGACGUCCAGCGACCCACCGGAUCAUUCAGCAUUGAUUUCCUGGGAGGCUUCACCAGUUACUACGACCGUGUGACCAACAUCGCUGUCAAGCUAGAGCCAAAGACGACGGCGCAACACUUCAUGCUCGCCAAUUGCCACUUUGAUUCAGUGGCCAACAGCCCCGGGGCGAGUGAUGAUGCGGUGAGCUGCUCGGUGAUGUUGGAGGUUUUACACUCUCUGGUGAAUCUAACCACGCCGCUCAAACACGGAGUCAUCUUCCUGUUUAAUGGUGCAGAGGAAAACAUCCUGCAGGCGAGUCAUGGCUUUAUUACCCAGCAUCCCUGGGCUCAGCAGGUUCGGGCUUUUGUGAAUCUGGAGGCUGCAGGUGUGGGGGGAAAAGAGGUGGUGUUUCAGACAGGUCCAGAGAACCCGUGGUUAGUUCAGGCAUAUGUCCGUGCUGCUGUUCACCCGUUUGCAUCAGUGGUCGGACAGGAAGUGUUCCAGAGUGGCGUUAUUCCCUCGGACACAGACUUCAGAAUCUACAGGGAUUUUGGGAAUAUUCCUGGUAUAGAUCUUGCGUUUAUAGAAAACGGUUUCAUCUACCACACCAAAUAUGACACUCCAGACCGCAUCCACACCGACUCCAUCCAGAGAGCAGGUGACAACAUCCUGUCUGUGCUCAAACACCUGGUGAUGUCAGAGGAACUGGGCAACGCUUCUGAAUAUCGCCAUGGCAACAUGGUUUUCUUUGAUCUGCUGGGCAUGACGGUGGUGGCGUACCCCGCCCGAGUCGGCGCCAUCAUAAACUACAUGGCUGCCGUGGCAACCCUCAUCUACCUGGGCAGGAAGUGCAUGCUGCCUAGCAAUGUGGGUGGGCGGUACGUCCGUGAGCUGCUGUAUGCGACGGGUUUGGCGGUUUCGAGUUGGUUCGUCACUCUGUUGACGGUUCUGAUCGUGUCACUGUUGGUGACGUUGAUGGGUCGCUCCAUGUUCUGGUACGGUCACUUCUACGCCUCCGUGUGUCUGUACGGAUCUGCUGCCGUCGGCAAGAUGAUUCUGAUUCACACGCUGGCCAAGAACCUGUACUACGGGAAUGUCCGUCGUGUGGAGUUGGGCGAGCUGUUUUUUGACGUCAGUUUGCUGUUGUGGUGUUUUGCGCUGUUGUUUCUUACUCAUCACGGUCUGUGUUCAGCGUAUGUGCCCAUGAUGAUGGUGGUGUUUCCUCUGAGCAGCAAACUUCUGCUCAAAACACACUUCACACAGAGAGGAGCGUCACUGCAGUAUUCAGUUCUGUAUCUGACGGGUCUCGCGCUGCCGUACGUUCACAUCAUGUUUCUCAUCUGGGUCGUCUUCGAGAUCUUCACACCCAUUCUGGGUCGCAGCGGAACGGAAAUCCCGCCUGACAUCAUCCUGGCAUCUCUUGUUACCCUGGCAACCGUUAUUCUCUCUUCAUAUUUUAUGCAUUUGAUCUAUCUGGCUCGCAGUACGAAGCGGAUCUUGUUUGGUCUUGGAUCAGUGUUUGUGCUGAUGUUCAUUCUGGUCUCAUGUGGUCUGUUCUUUCCAUAUUCUGCGGAUUCGUCCAGUCCUCGUCCCAAACGCAUCUUCAUGCAGCACAUCACACGCACCUUCCACGAGCUGGACGGGUCUGUGGAGCGCUCCGACUCCGGUCUGUGGAUUAACAGUCUGGAUUACACGGGAAUGCAGCACAUAACACCACAUAUACCAGAUAUAAACGACAGCAUCCGCACGAACUGUCAGGAGAAUCUGCCCUACUGCGGGUUUCCGUGGUUCCUCCCGGUCAAACUCCUUGUCAAGAAAUACUGGUAUCUUCCAGCUCCUGAAGUCUCUCCCAGAUCUCCGCUGGAGUUUAGACUGAUAUCCAGACAGGAAACGGAAUGGGGUAACGUUAAAAUGACCUUUGAGGCCAAAGGGCCGAGUCACAUGUCUCUGUAUUUACUGCCACACGCUGGCACGUCUCUUACCAGCUGGUCGUUUGGUGACGGCACGCCUCAGUUCGACCUGAGUGGAGAAUAUUUCAUAUUUUACUCUCAUGGUCUCGAUGCACCUGCGUGGAACUUCUGGUUUGAGAUACAGAAGUCUUCAGACGUGUCGACUGAUGAGGGAAUGAUCUCUCUCGCCAUCUCUGCUCAUUAUUUCUCUGGUUUGGACCGACACUCAGAAACACUCAAAUCUUUACUGCAGAGAUUCCCAGACUGGGCGUUCCCGUCCUCAUGGGUCAGCACGUACCACAUGUACAGAUACUGAGGGGCCACACACACACACACACACUCUUCUUAUGUCACUCACAGAGACGAGACUCAUCCAUCACUGUGUUUCCUGGUGCAGGAGAAUGAAGACACGACAGAAUCAUGGUCGAUCAUUUUUAUUAAUUUUUUUAGAUUUUCUCCCCAAUUUGGAACACCAAAUUCCCAAUGUGGUGGCGUAGUGACUCAAUCGGGGUGGCUGAGGACGAAUCUCAGUUGCCUCCACGUCUGAGACCGUCAAUCCACGCAUCUUAUCACGUGACUUGUUGAGCGCAUUACCAUGGAGACGUAGUCUCGUAUUCAUCCACACACAUCUCACCACACGCCCCACCGAGAGCGAGAACCACAUUAUAGCAACCACGAGGAGGUUACCCCAUGUGACUCUACCCUCCCUAGCAACCGGGCCAAUUUGGUUGCUAAGGAGACCUGACUGGAGUCACUCCCUGAUUGGUCAUUUUUAGACUAACCAACUGAUGUCUAAAUCUGUUUAUAUAUUUCAGUGAUGUUUGAGCAGUUGAAUGACGCUCUUUUUAUAGUUUUCAUGUGAUCUGAACAGGAUUUGUUUGUCUGGUGAUAACGUUGAACUUUUCUUUUGUUAGUUGUUUUAUGCGGAUGAUUGACGGUGUGAGAAUUUGCGUUUUGUUAUAGUUAAUGGAGACCGUAGUAACUGUGCUGGGUCAGGUCAAACCAGCUUGGACUGAUAGUUGUAUGCUGGUUGGUGGUCUAGAAGCCCCUCCCACUGGCCAACCAGCUAAUCAAUCAUCUGAACUAGUUUGGACCAGACGAUGACCAUUAAUGACAAGAAAUCAGAGCAAACCUUCUGUAUAAGAUUAUAUUCUAUCAUGAUAAAGGAAAAGUCACAACUAUGCAAUUAUUUGAUGAUUAAUUUGAUUUAAUACUGUUUAACUGUACUGACCUGCUUUAGUGUUGUUAGUGUGACAGUCGGCAUGUGUUUGGCUGAAUGCUCACGGACCUUUAGAUGUUAUAGAUAGUCGGAUAUUGCUUUAUAAUAAACUGAAAGUUCAGCCUGCGUGAUUAGGAACUAGUUAAUUGCAGCAUGAGAUGGCAUCACAACGAAUCUGGAACCAUGAGGUCAUGACCUUUAACACAAAUAUGCAAGAAUACUGAGAAAAUAAUGAUUUAAGUCUUCACAGCUCUGUUAUAUAGAAUUAAAUGUUAAAACAAAAUUGAAUAAAAAAAAUAAACAUUUUUAUUGAGUAUUUUUAUCUUCCAGUAAAAAGUAUAUACUGGAGCGAGUAAUUGCGUACAUUUUUUUAACACG